AGAGAGAGAAGGAGGGAGGCAGGGAGACAGGGAGACAGAGAGAGAGCGAGCGCCACACACCCAGCUAGCCAGAGCUAGAGCAGAGCCACCCACAGCUAGCCGAGGCAAGGCUAGCUAGCGGUGCCCGAAGCCCCCGGCGGCGGCGGAGCCAUGGCCGAAAGGAAAGGCUCGUCAGGGAAGCAGGGGGAGGAUGAGGAGGUCCCGGCCUUUUUCAAAAACCUGGGCUCGGGCAGCCCCAAGCCCCGGCAGAAAUUCUGCGGCAUGUUCUGCCCGGUGGAGGGCUCGUCGGAGAACAAGACCAUCGACUUCGACUCGCUGUCGGUGGGCCGGGGCUCGGGUCAGGUGGUGGCCCAGCAGCGGGACGUGGCCCACCUGGGCUCAGACGGGCAGCCCCCUUACUCCCGGCACGGCCCCGGCCGCCAGCCAUCUGUUGAAUCGUCCGGGAGGAAGGUGGAGAUCCGGAGGGCCACGGGCAAGGAAGCCCUGCAGAACAUCUACGACCAGAGUGAUCGACUCUUGAUCAAGGGUGGCAAGAUCGUGAAUGAUGAUCAGUCCUUCUAUGCAGAUAUUUAUAUGGAAGAUGGGUUAAUAAAGCAAAUAGGUGAGAACCUGAUUGUGCCCGGAGGGGUGAAAACCAUUGAAGCCCAUUCCAGGAUGGUGGUGCCCGGUGGCAUCGAUGUGCAUACCCGUUUCCAGAUGCCAGACCAAGGAAUGACGGCUGCUGAUGACUUCUUCCAAGGGACAAAGGCCUCCCUGGCAGGAGGCACCACAAUGAUCAUUGACCAUGUUGUUCCUGAACCCGGGACCAGCCUGCUGACGGCCUUUGACCAGUGGCGAGAAUGGGCAGAUAGCAAGUCUUGCUGUGACUACUCCUUGCAUGUGGACAUCACAGAGUGGCAUAAAGGAAUCCAGGAGGAGAUGGAGACUCUGGUGAAGGACCAUGGCGUCAACUCCUUCUUGGUGUACAUGGCCUUCAAAGAUCGCUUCCAGCUCACAGAUUCCCAGAUCUACGAAGUCUUGAGCGUGAUCCGGGACAUUGGCGCCAUUGCCCAGGUUCAUGCUGAAAAUGGUGACAUCAUUGCAGAGGAGCAGCAGAGGAUCCUGGAGCUGGGAAUCACUGGUCCCGAAGGACAUGUGCUGAGCCGGCCUGAGGAGGUUGAGGCCGAGGCUGUGAACCGCUCCAUCACCAUUGCCAACCAGACCAACUGCCCGUUGUAUAUCACGAAGGUGAUGAGCAAAAGUGCUGCUGAGGUCAUCGCCCAGGCCAGGAAGAAGGGCACCGUGGUGUAUGGCGAGCCCAUCACAGCCAGCUUAGGGACGGAUGGAUCUCACUAUUGGAGCAAGAAUUGGGCCAAGGCCGCAGCUUUUGUCACCUCUCCGCCUCUGAGCCCUGACCCAACCACGCCUGAUUUCCUCAACUCCUUGCUCUCUUGUGGGGAUCUCCAGGUCACUGGCAGUGCCCACUGUACCUUCAACACUGCGCAGAAGGCCGUGGGGAAGGAUAACUUCACCCUGAUUCCGGAGGGCACCAAUGGAACUGAGGAGAGGAUGUCUGUCAUCUGGGAUAAGGCUGUGGUGACUGGAAAGAUGGAUGAGAACCAGUUUGUGGCUGUGACCAGCACCAAUGCUGCCAAGAUUUUCAAUCUCUAUCCCCGAAAGGGCCGCAUUGCUGUGGGCUCUGAUGCCGAUCUCGUCAUCUGGGACCCUGACAGUGUCAAAACCAUCUCAGCUAAGACUCACAACAUCUCUCUCGAGUACAACAUCUUCGAGGGCAUGGAAUGCCGAGGCUCACCGCUGGUGGUGAUCAGCCAGGGGAAGAUCGUCCUUGAGGAUGGCACCCUCCACGUGACUGAAGGAUCCGGCCGCUACAUCCCCCGCAAACCUUUCCCUGAUUUCGUUUACAAGCGCAUCAAGGCCCGGAGCCGGUUGGCAGAGCUGAGGGGUGUUCCCCGGGGACUCUAUGAUGGGCCGGUGUGUGAAGUGUCCGUGACACCCAAGACAGUGACUCCGGCCUCCUCUGCCAAGACUUCUCCUGCCAAACAGCAGGCCCCGCCUGUCCGGAACCUGCACCAAUCUGGAUUCAGCUUGUCUGGUGCCCAGAUUGAUGACAACAUCCCUCGCCGUACCACCCAGCGCAUUGUGGCUCCCCCAGGUGGCCGUGCCAACAUCACCAGCUUGGGCUAGAGCCCCCCAGUCAUUGAGCAGCAGUAGCAGACUGGGAAAGGGGGGGGUGAGGGGUGGGGCACCUGAGGACAUUGGGUUUUGUUUAUUAUUAUUAUUAUUAUUAUUUUUUAGAGCCUGUGAUAGUUACUGUGGGGCAGCCAGUCCAUGGGGCUUACUUCUGGGUCCCACACUCAGUCCUCCUUACCCUGAUGUUAUUGAUUUUGCUCACCCAUGUUUAUCCACUUCUGAUAGCAUUACAUACAUGUUCACACACCGACCCCAGAGACAGAAUGUGACCUGACACCUCAAGGGUGCAAAAUAAAAAGUAUGAAAAUAUCCCCCACACAGAUAGGGUGAUUUUCAUCCAGGAUCCCUGUCAUUCUCACAAACAUCUUUCUUUUCCUAAGGGAAGGAUGAAGUGAAUUCCCUGAGAGCUGCCUUUUUUUUCUCCCUGAGAAGGAGAAGGGGUUGGGGAAAGUGGUUUAGAAAUAUGAUGAUGGCUGAUCGGAUCAACUAUUAACUCAAAAGUGUUGAAUUGUACACGAGUUGAGCCAAGUGUUUAACAGCUGGGCUAAUUGAGGUGGUAGACCAGCAGUUCCCCACCAAGGUGUCUCCAGACCAUGUCUGUUGGCAUUCCAUUCAUUUUAGUCUGGGUCAGCUAUUGACAUGAGACAUCAUUUCUCUUUGUCCUGGAUUUGGCUACAACAUGUAUACUUUGAGGUUCCCCUCUCUCCUCUCUUUUUAAAGCUCUCUGGCGUUUUGUUUUGUUUUGUUUUGUUUUACAGAACGUUUGAAGUUGCCUCUCACUGGCUUUUGAGAGACAGCAUGGCACAGUGGGAAUAGCACUGGAUCUCCUGGCAGAGGACCUGGGUUCAGAUCCCACCUCUGUCCAUUAUUACCUAUUUGACCUUGGGCAAGUCACUUAACUUAUUUGCCCCUCAGUUUCUUUGCAUAAGGUAAAGGUGUUGGAUUAGACAGAUGCUGAGGCUUUUCCCUGGCACUCAGUAGAUGAGAUGAUGGAUAUUUGUUUAAACAAGGUUUUUCUCCCUGUCCCUGCUGCCUCUCCUUAUCACUAGCCCUGUCACUUUUCCAUUGUUGCCAUAGGAACCUGGCCCCGGGAAACAAGGUGCUACCCCAUCCUUCAGAAUGCCGAGUUGAACCAUAUUAUGCAAAAUGCCACCAAACCACCCAUGUGCUAUUGGACUCACUCUUUUCCAGUAGCAGGAAUGGGUUGGACCGAGCUGUCCAUACUCUCUGGUGCCCCUUUGGUGAGAGGCUGAGGGGGAGAUGCCACCUGAGCAAAGCUAACUGCCUACCAAGGGCGUCGAACUGAUGUCCAAGGUCUCAUUAACACCAUAUGCUAAUUGACUGGGCAAGCCUCCAGAAUAGAACAGAUAGAUGAUCUAGAGGCUGGUUUGAUAGCACCCUCUAAGACCCAUUUAAUUUGACCUGGAGGUAUCUUUUGGGGAGUUCAGGACCCACUGAAGCUUAACUCACUGGGAAUGGACCCCAGUAGGACAUCCUGAUGCCCAGUCAAACAAAUUUACCUCAUGGAAGCCAACUUGGUGGAAAAACAAAGCAUAAUAGAGGCCUUAGAAAUACACACACACACACACACACACACACACACACACACACACACACAGAAAAUACCUAGGGAAUUUUGACACUGGGAAGUCUUUCAAUCGGCAAAAUGGAGGAGCCAUGCCUUUUUUUCCCCUUUUUUUAAACAAAGGGCGCUUCAUCGCGCAUUGACAUUUGCAAACGUAACACAACAUUGGUGGGAAACGUCUGGCAAACUUACUUUCUAUGGGCCAAUUUUGAGCCUAUGGGUCACCUCACCUUAGUACUGCCUAGCAUCUUGGUAUCUUGGAAUAGUUUCCAUUAGCUGAGUCCCCUUCCCUCUCCUCAGUUCCUUAUGUUACCUUGGUAUGUGUGGCAUUUAUUUCUGUAUGUGUUGACAGGUUCUCUUAAAGGUAUAUCUAUAAGUUCUUUAAAAAAAAAACACAAUAAAGGGGCAGCUAGGUGGUGCAGUGCAUAAAGCAACAUCCCUGGAUUCAGGAGGACCUGAGUUCAAAUCCAGCCUCAGACACUUGACACUUACUAGCUGUUUGACCCUGGGCAAGUCACUUAAUCCUCAUUGCCCUGCCCCCCCCAAAAAAAAAAACACCAAUAAAAACAUCUGCUUCAAUAAAGUAUAAGCAGUAAAUCCUUUGUAGCCAGUCCACUCAUCUGUUCAGACAUUGACUUGGGGUUGUUUUUAUUGUUUAUUUUUUCAGUUUUUUUAAAGUUAAAAAGCACUUUAAAAAAGUAAUUGGUUAACUUAAAAUAUUUUAUAGUUCCCCCUCACCCCCUGUUUUUCCUUUAUCACCUGCACUUGAAAGAAAUUGGAACAAGGUGGAAAAGCCCCCCAAAGUCUUGUUUCUACUCUCAGCCAUGUUGGCAGCCUCUCUCAGCAUUCACUUGAAUCUUCCCUUUUCUUCUCUACUCAUGACAGUUUCAGUUCUUUUGGUUGUUCUAAAAGACAAAAACAAAAAAAAAAACCCAACCCACAAACAAACAAACAAGAAAAUUAAAAACAACAACAAUAACAACACAACAAACCCUAACAAUGUUUGCAGGCUUUGUAAGCAUGUUUCCCUGUCGGCUCGCUUUUUGUGUCUGUUUAAUGAAUGUCCUAUGUAAAUGCUAAGAGAAAUUGACAAUGAUUUGGAACGGACUAACUGCAGUGACUUGAUGCUCUAAGAUUGUAGGACUUUGGACUAGCUGGAUUUUAACCCUUGGAUUUGUGAUUGUGAACCAUGAGUGAAGGAGCUGUAAGUGCUAAAGCUGAUCAUGUGUGUAGACAAACAGUGCUUUUUUUUUUUCCUGUUUUUUUUUUUUUACCACUGUCUUAAUGGCAAAAUAAUUAUGGUAAAAAAGUCGUGUUUAUUAUUCCUUAAGAACUCUGUGUAAUAUUACCAUGGAAACACCUAAUAAAGACAAAUGUUGUUGUUUCA